AACUGUAUUGGGAGGUAACAGGUUUACUCCUGGUUCUCACUUCUAUUUUAUCCUUGUGUAUGGUUGCUAGUCUAGUUCUAGCUCUUCUCUCUCCGCAACAAAAUCAAGAGAAGGUUUUGAAGAAGGACUCUAACCCCAUAUUUACCAUUGAACCAAACCAAUCUGAAAUGAUUAACAUCUCGACCAGCCCUCCUGAGGAACAAAAAUCAUUUCCUGAACGGAGAGCUCUUCGACCCAAGAUUGAUAAAUCUAGGACGAAAGAUUUACUAACUGGACCUGUGUAUAGUAAUCCACUUGUCCAAAGUAACACGCCUCUGUAUAGUACCGCACCUGUGUACAGUGCCGCAAGACCUGUUUACAAUACGGCUGAAUCGUCUUCACAUAGAGGCAUUCAGUCCCCGGAUUUGUUUACAACAAAAAUUACUAGUACAGUCUAAUGCGGUGGUAGGCGAUUAUAUCAAUAUAAUAAAGGCGACUUGUUUAUUUAAGUUUUAAUUGUUAAAAACCUUUUUUCGAAUCAAAAGUUUACAACUCAUGCAAGUAAUUUAAGAGUUGCUUUUUUAAUUGACAACUUCUCUUUGUUUCGAUGUAACUAGUACAUUGUACAACUAGUUUUCCAGGUUUAUGCCAAAAGAAUAAACUGUUAAAACCUAA